GAAAAAAAAAGAAAAAGUCAAUUUGCAUUUGACAAUAAAUUUGAAGUGUGUGCAGUUGCUCAUUUCAAAACAGAGAAAGAGAAACCAAACCAUGAAGCACAUUUAUAGAUGGUGAAGCUACUGGCUGCUCACUCUGCCUCUUGAAUCACAGAUUUGUCUGACAGAGGUGAUGAGAAGAAGGAGACAGAAAAGAAGGACAGAAGUGGAUAUUUAGAAAAUCACACAGCUGCUUGAAUAUGCAAUCAGCUUGGCGCCUACAUCGGGAGAGCAGCAUCGUCUAAGAAUAUUGUUUUGAGUGAUAUUAAGAACCGGGGGUGGGGGGGAAAAAGCUGAAAAAGGGACAAAGAGAAGGAAAUUGGGGAAAACGAAAAAGGGAGAGCAAAUGCGCAGCUUUGAGGCAUUCCAUCAUACACCAAACUCCUGCAGCUUCACCUUCCCUCUUCCUCUCCCAUCCUCCUCCUCCUCCUUCUGGAGAGAGAGCGCAACAGAGAGAGUCACGCUUGCAAGCUAGAAAAGAGACGUCAAGAGGAGGAUCCACAUAGAGGAAAAAAAAAUCUCCCCUCCUCUCUCUUCUGCUGCCUCUCGUCGUUGCAUCCUACAGGCGGCAAGGAGUGAAGAGGAGUGAGGAGGAUCACAAUUUCUGCGCCGCUUCCCUGCAAUUUCUGUGGCCGCAUCGCAGCGCGUGGAGAGCGGGAAGAGCUGCCGAGAGCUCGAUCAGUGACAUCGCUCUGCAGCAGCCGAAGAAGGAGCAUCGCUGAGGAGCCGGGAUGCUUAACAACCUGACCGACACAGAGGAGGGGGACGGGGGAGCGCAGAGCCAGGGUGACAGUAACCCCAAAGAGAGCAGCCCCUUCAUCAACAGCAGUGAAGCUGCCGCUGAAAAGAGCCAGCAAUAUGAUGGCAAGAACAUGGCCUUGUUUGAGGAGGAGAUGGACACCAGUCCUAUGGUGUCAUCUCUUCUCAGCAGCCUGGCCAACUAUUCCAACCUUCCCCAAGGCUGCAAGGAACACGAGGAGGCUGAGAACAAUGAGGCAGAGUCAGCACGCAAGAAACCCGUCAAGGCCCCUCAGCUUGGCACCCUGAUGGGUGUCUACAUGCCCUGCAUCCAGAACAUUUUUGGAGUGAUCCUUUUCCUCAGGAUGACCUGGCUGGUUGGAAUCGGAGGUGUUAUCGGGACCUUCAUCAUCGUCUUCAUGUGUUGUGCCACUACGAUGCUGACUGCCAUCUCGAUGAGUGCCAUCGCUACCAAUGGAGUAGUGCCAGCUGGGGGCUCCUACUACAUGAUUUCCCGUUCACUGGGGCCUGAGUUUGGUGGAGCGGUGGGGAUCUGCUUCUACCUGGGAACCACCUACGCUGGAGCCAUGUACAUCCUGGGAGCCAUUGAGCUGCUGCUGAUCUACAUAGCUCCCAAAGCAGCCAUCUUCCCCCUUGAGGGCCUGGAAGGUGCCGAGGCGGAAGCCGCCCUGCUGAACAACAUGCGUGUGUAUGGGACCAUCCUGCUGACCUCCAUGGCCACUGUGGUAUUUGUUGGCGUCAAGUAUGUGAACAAGCUGGCCCUGGUGUUUCUAGCCUGCGUCAUCCUCUCCAUACUGGCCGUCUAUGCUGGAGUCAUCAAGACCGGCAUUGAUGCACCCGAUUUCCCUGUUUGUAUAUUGGGAAAUCGUACUUUGGUGUGGAAGAACUUUGACGUUUGUGCCAAAACCAUUGAGACCGCUAAUGGGACAGUCACCACCCAGCUGUGGCGCAUGUUCUGUGACUCAUCUUUCUUGAAUGCUACCUGCGACAAAUAUUUCCUGGCCAACAAUGUGACUCAGAUCCAGGGAAUUCCCGGGGUUACCAGCGGAGUCCUGGCAGACAACCUGUUUGGGACCUACUAUGAGAAGGGGGAUCUGAUUGCCAAACCUAUCCUGGAGUCAGUGGAGUCAGAUGAUGACCCUCUGACCAACGCUAACCGCUAUGUGUUAGCCGACAUCACCAGCUUCUUCACUCUGCUGGUCGGCAUUUACUUCCCAUCAGUGACAGGAAUCAUGGCUGGAUCCAAUCGCUCCGGCGAUCUGCGAGACGCCCAGAAGUCAAUCCCCAUUGGAACCAUUGCAGCCAUCACAACCACUUCCACUGUCUACAUGUCCAGUGUGAUUCUGUUUGGUGCCUGCAUUGAGGGGGUGGUCCUCAGGGACAAGUUCGGAGAGGGCGUGCAUGGGAACUUGGUCAUUGGGACGUUGGCUUGGCCGUCACCGUGGGUGAUCGUAAUUGGCUCUUUCUUUUCCACUUGCGGGGCAGGGCUCCAGAGCCUGACGGGAGCUCCCCGUCUUAUGCAGGCCAUUGCCAAGGAUGGCAUUGUGCCCGCCCUUCGGAUCUUUGGCCACGGAAAGGCUAAUGGAGAACCGACAUGGUCCCUCCUGCUGACAGCUUGUAUCUGUGAAAGCGGCAUCCUCAUUGCCUCCCUGGAUUCUGUGGCUCCCAUCCUCUCCAUGUUUUUCCUGAUGUGCUAUAUGUUUGUGAAUCUGGCCUGUGCCCUCCAGACACUCCUGAGGACUCCAAACUGGAGACCCCGCUUCAAGUUCUAUCACUGGACUCUGUCCUUCCUUGGGAUGAGCUUGUGUCUCACUCUCAUGUUCCUCUGCUCCUGGUACUAUGCCAUAGUGGCCAUGGGGAUCGCUGGCUCUAUCUACAAAUACAUUGAGUUUGCAGGUGCAGAGAAAGAAUGGGGUGAUGGGAUACGCGGUCUGUCUCUGAGCGCUGCACGAUACGCUCUCAUGCGCCUUGAGGAAGGCCAACCCCACACCAAGAACUGGAGACCUCAGCUGCUGGUGCUGGUUAGCACAGAUGCAGAGCAGAAUGUGGAACAGCCUCGUCUGCUGUCUCUCACCAACCAGCUGAAGGCAGGAAAAGGUCUCACCAUCGUUGGGACGGCUCUGGAAGGCACCUACCUGGCGAACUACGAGCAGGCUCAGCGUGCAGAUCAGGCACUGCGCAAAUUAAUGGAGACUGAGAAGGUGAAGGGCUUCUGUCAGGUCACCGUCUCCUCAAACCUCCGUGAUGCUACAUCCCAUCUGCUGCAGGCCAGUGGGCUGGGAGGCCUGAAACACAAUGCUGUGCUGGUCUCCUGGCCACGCAACUGGAAGCAAGGAGACGAGCACCAAACCUGGAGGAACUUCAUUGAGCUGGUCAGAGAAACCACCAUUGCCCGCCUCGCUCUCCUUGUACCAAAGAACAUUUCAGCGUUCCCAUCCAACAGCGAACGCUUCACUGAGGGUCACAUCGAUGUGUGGUGGAUCGUCCAUGAUGGAGGCAUGUUGAUGCUGCUGCCCUUCCUGCUCCGCCAACAUAAGGUCUGGAGGAAGUGCAAGAUGCGCAUCUUCACUGUGGCCCAGAUGGACGACAACAGCAUCCAGAUGAAAAAGGACCUGACUACUUUCUUGUAUCAUCUCCGCAUUGAUGCUAUGGUGGAAGUUGUUGAAAUGCAUGAAAGUGACAUCUCAGCCUACACAUACGAGAAAACACUGGUGAUGGAACAACGGUCACAGAUGCUGAAACAGAUCAACCUGACCAAGACGGAGCGCGAGAGGGAGAUCCAGAGCAUCACCGAUUCCUCCCGCGGAUCUAUUCGCCGUAAGAACCCGGCCGCUGUUACAACCCAGCUGAGUGUGACCGAGGAGCCGCCUGCCACCAGCAAAGAGGAGAAACCUGAAGAAGAGUCAAAGUCGGCCUCUUCCCCCGUAUCCCCCCCUGCUCAGGUCCAGCUCAUCUAUGACAACACCACCCCAGCCAGUCCCGCCACCCCAGCAACUCCGCUGACCCCUGGAGAGGAGGCUCAGAGUCCCGGGGAGCAGAUCCAGAGGACCUGGACAGAGAAGUGUGAUGGUGAAGCAGCCAAGCCUCUCGGAGGGACCACACGAGAUGACAUCAAGGACAUCUUCAACAUGAAGCCAGAGUGGGAGAACCUGAACCAAUCUAAUGUGCGGCGCAUGCACACAGCACUCCGGCUGAAUGAAGUCAUCCUUAAAAAGUCCUCAGAGGCCAAACUAGUUCUCCUAAACAUGCCAGGGGCACCCAAGAACCGGACAGGUGAUGAGAACUACAUGGAAUUUCUUGAGGUCCUCACCGAUGGUCUAAACCGAGUCCUUCUGGUUCGCGGAGGCGGCCGCGAGGUCAUCACUAUAUAUUCCUGAAAGAGCAGCACCCUUGCCCCCUCUACAUUCCCCUUCCUCUGUUGCAGUUGUACUCUCGCCUCUUCAUCUGCAUUGCUUCAUUAUGAGGUCCUGUUUAUUUCUGUGCUGUAGUUCUCUCACACCCAACAAAUAGCCCCGCUCAGCUUCAACGCCUCUCCCUGUGCUCUAGAUGAAUCCAAAACCUUUCCUCUGCAAACUCUCAAAAUGAAAGCAUUCAUAUUUCCAUUUAACCACUCGAACCCGGUUGGGAUGAGGUGUUGGCGAGUGCGGGUUCUUCGCGGAAGUGUGAAAACCCCUGCAUGUAUAUGUCUGUUAUUGCUUUAAUCUCUGUGUUUUUAUUUUUGAUUUUUUUUUUUGUUUUUCUGAACACAAGAGUGGGACAGACAUGGCUUCUAAUCGUCACAAGUGUUAUCUGGCUGAAAUGAGAUCAUUGUAGGAUUAGAUCUCUCGAGUUCUCUUGUGUUGAUUGGACUCUUCCGGCAGCCGUUUUCAUGACGGACUCUGCAGCCUGCAGUCAGGACCACCGGCUGGAGGAUGGAGGAGAGUACAGCUGGGGAAGUAUGAACUGUGAAACUCACUUAGAUCCAGGAGACUUAAAAGCGGCUCUUCUCUGCACUCUUAUCUUUAACCUGCUCACUCUUUAGCAUGACAUUUUCAACCGCUGUGUAUGUUUUUACUCCACUUGUUCUGUUACUGUCACCACUUUCUUUCCCUCUCUAUCCCCCAAGACUUUUCUGCUCAUUUCUAAGUGGCUGUUUUAUCUUUGUGGCCACUGUUUGUGCCAAAAAAAAGUACAAGGCUAGUUUGUUGAGAUUGACACGUAAUUAAACUGUGAAUAUAGUCUCCUAGCAGAAGGCUGGGGUCCCAGCAAAGUGGGGAGACAGUUACAAAGCCCCCCCACCAGGAGGAGGAUGUUAUCGUCGCCAGCACCUCUCGAACCCUUGUGUGAUUCACUGUAAAUAAUGUACAAGCUCAGAUGCGUUGUUCAGUAUGAGUGUAGUAUUUUUGUGACCAACUGAAAAGCUUUUAAGUGGAGAGAAAAAAGGCUCCUUCGCUCAGAAAGAACACUGAAAAAUGCUGUUUUUUAAAAAAUGUAUUUAUUUAUUUUAUUGUAUCUAUUUAUUGGCUCCCAUUACUAUGAUAAAUGUCAUUGCUAGAAAAAGCACCUGCACUCUUCACCACUGUGCGACAAGUGAGAUUUUGAUGCUUUUAAAGAAGAAAAAAAAAUCACUAAAUGUUAUUUUUUCAUCUAGAGAAAUAUUUAUGUCACUUUGAUUGUCAGAGAUAUAUCAUCUGUUUUGACAAAUUCUUAUACAUUAAUGUGCCAAAUGAAAGUAUUUUAGUGAAGAAAAUUAUAUCAAAUUCCACUAUAUGAGACAAAGUGUUGUAAAAAACAAAAAGAAAAUAGUAAAGAUACUCUAGUUUGAAAGAGGCCCUGUAGAUAAAUAAAGACUGAAUGUUCAGUUAAAAAAAAAACAACAGCUGCUCAAAUCAGGCUGGAAAUGCUGAACAUCUGUUGAUUAUUUCUUUAUAGGGUUUUAUAAAGAGACUAAGAAUGGAGGACAAUGGUUUCUGUAGCUUCGAAACUCACUUUGCCCACAAGAAGGAACUCUAUGCAGUAGAUUCUCCAGUCAGAUUUUAUAUCCCCGAGAUUGGUGACGAUCUGAGCCACAUGUUUCCCCACAUCUGAACGACUCGAGAGCAAAUUUGAAAAACAAAAGUGCAUCUUGAAAGGAAUGUGCAAUAGUUGCAAAUCUGGACUCACGUGAUCAUGUUAUUUAUUUUUUUACACAUAUUUUGUAUAUGUAGAUUUCGUAAGUCUUGUGCGAUCCAGAAUCAUCUCACUCUGACCAAGGACUUCUGUCACUUUUAUUAUUCCUGUUUCUUUUCUUUAAAGAAACUAUUUUUAGUCAUUUGCACUUGUAGUAGAAGUAUAAAUAUAAAUUCAUAUAUAUAUAUAUAUAUAUACAUAGUAUAUAUAAAUAUAAAUAUAUAUAAAUAUAUAUAGUAUAGGGAAGGAAAACAAAUUAGUUUAUAGAACUAUUUAAAAAUGUUAUUUAAAGUUUUUAGUGUUGCUUGAAUGUCUGAUCAUAUGUUGUGAAUGCUGCUAGUAUCUAUAGAUUUAUUUGUACUGUAAAUAGAGAUGAAUCAACUCUAAAGACGACAUAAAAAGGGUAUAGACAUACAUAUCAGUGCUGCUGGUGGUUAUCUAACAACACGAGGCUGUACCUGUACACGUUUGGCCUGUGACCUCUGGACAGGGUUCUGUUUUAAUAGAAAUACUACAAUGAAUAACUUGAUGCAAUAUUCCAUAAGUGAGAGUAAACCAUUUUCUCACUGCUCUAUUUAUAAUAAUUAUAUUUUAUCCCUCAGACAAGUGAAGUAACUUAAAGGUAAAAGAACUGGAGUUUUAAUGUUUAAAUGUAAGGAUUUCUGAUGUAUUUGAUAAAUUUUAAACUUUUGACACCUACUAUAUUAUUUAAAAAAAAAAAAAACAGACAAACCACUCCUCUUCUAGUGUUCAAAGAUUGUGUGCCAAGUCAUGAGGAUUUUCCUUUUACAUGCCCAUCACGGACAAAGAGGGAGUUGCUCACAGUUUUUCAGUUAUUUUAGGACCGUCUACAGCGUCGCCUGCAUCAUCUGAGCCUUUUAAAUUUAUUCAAAAAGAUAUUUGAAGUUUAUUGGAGAGGUUUACUGGAAAUUUAUUUAUGGAAUUCUAAAUGUUUUAUAACUGCUGUUUGCAUGGUAUUAUGUGGCAAUAUUUGUUUCAGUGGCUUUCUAUAGUGAUUAACUUACAUGUUCAAGGUGAAGCACUCGGAGUGAAAGUGGCCUGGUAUUCUCAAUACGUUAUACGAUUUUUGAGAACACAGUUUGGUCAAACCUUGAAAAAAAAUUGUUGGAAGGAAAAAAAGGAUGAAAAAAAUAUGGGUUCACUUUACUUGUUAUAUUUCAAUCUCUCUCAAGUAGUUUUACAUAACAUAAUAGAUUAUGUUUGCGAAUCGACGGGCCUUAAAAAGGGUCACUUCACUUUUGUAAAUAUAUUUAACAUAAAUCUGAAACACUAACAUACUAGUGUUGUCUUAUUGUACACUGUUCUAUCACUGUGGACAAAGUCUGAGUUUUGUAAGAUCAUGUGCAAUAUUGUUUUUGCUUUUGUUUACUUGCUUUACAUCAGCACCGGCACUGUCAUAAUUCCAGUUUUAUCAGCAGGACUUUUGGGUUUUAAACCUGAAUGUGGCUGAGACACCAGAUCAGUUUACUCUUAGGGAGCCCUCUAUGUCUGCAGCAUUGGAGAGCUCUAUGCUCUGCAGAUUAUCUCAGAGUGACCUCUGGUGGUAAGAGAGUGUACUACAGGCUGAUAUUAUUUACCCUCAUCCAAACUCACUAAGUUUAGCAUUUUAUUGGACGUUUUAGCAUGCACACCUUUUUUUAAAAAAAAAGAAAAUUCAGACAGUUCAUUUCAAAGAAAACAGUAGCUGUUAAAUUUAUUGUGCUUGUUACUCAAUCUGUGAGGUGAGCCCUCCCAGAAUCCCCUCCCUCUUCAUCACAACACCCCAGAGUUUCACCAUCCCAGCCACAAAAAUCCACCCCAGCAUUGUAUUUUAAAUGUGACUGCAGUAUAAUUCUGAAAAAUUAUCAAAGAAUAUAAAACUCGCGCUUCCAAUUCUGGCACUGGCUCUGCUUGGACUUUGUUGUCUAAAAAAAAAAACAGCAUGUAACUACUCCCCCCGAUUUAACAAUCCACAACUUUACAUCAU